GUGCCCAUGGCCCAGCCUCCCAGAGGCCCAGAGAAAGACAGAGAGAGAAAGAGAGAGAGAGCACAGCACAAGCCUCCUGGCCCCAGGCCGCCAGGCCAGCCUGCUGAAGGCUCCACAGCAUGUGGGAGCUCCGGUCCAUAGCCUUCUCCAGAGCCGUGUUGGCAGAGUUCCUGGCCACACUCCUCUUCGUCUUCUUUGGCCUUGGCUCAGCUCUCAACUGGCCACAGGCCCUGCCCUCUGUGUUGCAGAUCGCCAUGGCUUUUGGCCUGGGCAUUGGCACCCUAGUGCAGGCUCUCGGCCAUGUCAGCGGGGCUCAUAUCAACCCCGCCGUGACUGUGGCCUGCCUGGUGGGAUGCCACGUCUCCUUCCUCCGAGCCGUCUUCUACGUGGCUGCCCAGCUUCUGGGGGCUGUAGCAGGGGCUGCUCUGCUCCAUGAGAUCACACCAGCAGAAAUCCGCGGGGACCUGGCUGUCAAUGCUCUCAACCACAACACUACAGCUGGCCAGGCAGUGACUGUGGAGCUCUUCUUGACCCUGCAGCUGGUGCUCUGCAUCUUUGCCUCCACCGAUGAACGUCGUGGGGACAGCCUGGGCAGCCCUGCCCUCUCCAUCGGCUUCUCCGUGACCCUGGGCCAUCUUCUUGGGAUCUACUACACAGGCUGUUCCAUGAAUCCUGCCCGCUCACUGGCCCCGGCUGUUGUCACUGGCAAGUUUGAUGACCACUGGGUCUUCUGGAUCGGGCCCCUGGUCGGCGCCAUCCUGGGUUCCCUCCUGUACAACUACCUGCUGUUCCCCUCGGCCAAGAGCCUGUCGGAGCGUCUGGCAGUGCUGAAGGGCCUGGAGCCGGACGCCGACUGGGAGGAGCGCGAGAGGAUGAAUACUUGGAGCCAGCCACUCCCAGGAGAAGAGGAAAGGAGAGUGUGAAGGGAAGGUCCUGAUUCCAACCCCUGCCUUGUCCCUUCUGGAAAAUUCCCCCAAGCUGAAGCACCAGGCCUCAAGACUUGUCCUGAUGCGUUGGUGGAGGCAGAGAAGUAUCAGCCAGGAAACAGCUUCCUCAGAAAUGGCCUUUGGAAAAAGGAGGGCUAAGGCUGGGUGUAGCGGCACAUACCUGUAAGUCCAGCACUCAGGAGGCUGAGACAGGAGGAUUGCUUUGAGUUUGAGGCCAGCCUGAACUGCAUAGUGAA